CGCACGGGAAUGAAGGAGCAGAAUCUAGGCAGCCAGGUCAGGAAAGGGGGAUUUAAACUUUGGGGCAGAUGAAAAAGCUCUUAAAAGAUUGAAGAAGCUCUGAAGAUAUUGAGGAAGCUCUGAAGAGACUGAAGAAUCUCUGAAGAUAUUGAAGAAGCUCUGAAAACAUUGAAGAAGCUCUAAAGAUAUUGAAGAAGCUCUGAAAGUAUUGAAGAAGCUCUGAAGAUAUUGAGGAAGCUCUGAAGAUAUUGAGGAGGCUCUGAAGAUAUUGAGGAGGCUCUGAAGGUAUUGAAGAGGCUCUGAAGAGAUUCCUCUUUGCUGUCGACAGUCCCGGGGAGGAUUUUCCAGCAUGCCAGGGGCAGGAGAGGGGAAGGAGGAUGAGGAGCUGGAGGAUGAGGAGCUGGAGGAUGAAGAGCUGGAGGCUCCGGAGGCCCCGUCAGCUGGGAAGAGCCGAGGCUCAGGAGCAGCAGGAGCAGGGUGGGCAUGGGGAGUGGUGUUCCACUUCUUCCUGGUCAAUGUGCUCGUGAUGGGGAUGCUCAAGACCUUUGGGAUUUUCUUCGUGGCUUUCCGAGAGGAGAUGGGGGGAUCCUCAGAGCAGCUCAGCUGGAUCGGCUCCAUCAUGUCCUCGCUGCGCUUCCUGGGAGCCCCGCUGGUGUCCGUGCUGUGCUGCCGCCUGGGAGAGCGGCCGAUCUCCAUCCUCGGCGCUGGGCUGGUGGCUGGGGGCUGCCUGCUCAGCACCCAGGCCACCAGUGUCCCCUUCCUCUGCUUCUCCAUGGGCUUCCUGCUGGGGCUGGGCUUUGCCUGUCUGUACCAGGCCGCUGCAGUGGUCACAGCCAAGCGCUGCCGGGCCCGCCUGGGGCUCAGCAAUGCCCUGGCCCGCUCGGGCAUGGGGCUGACCUUCCUCAUGGCCCCCUUCACCCAGCUGCUCAUCGAGGCCUAUGGAUGGCAAGGUACUCUGCUGAUUUUUGGAGGUAUCAUGCUGAACCUGGUGCCCUCCAGCAUGCUGCUGUGGCCUGCCAGCCCCCAUAUGCCUCAGAAAUCUGCCAAAAAUCAACACCAGGGGUCUCCAGGGGCAGAGAAGGAUCCAGAAACUCCUGGUGGGUGUUCAGAUGGAAGAACCCAGAGGGAAUUUCAGCUUCUCCAUGCACAGGAGAGACUGGUGGUGCCCCAUGGCAGAGAUGUCUCAGAGCCAGCAGAUCCAUCUGCCUUGGGAGAGCUGCAGAAACCCAGCCUGGAGAGCUCCUGCUCAGAAACCCUCACCAAGGCCAGGAGAAGCCACCAAACCCCUGCAGCCACCACAAAGGAACCUCCUCAGCCUCUGCUGGACUUCUCCCCGCUGAAGGAUCCCGUUUUCUACAUCUUCACCUGGUCCUUCCUCUUCAGCCACCUGGCCUAUUUCGUGCCCUUCUUCCACCUGGUGGCCAGAGCCAGGACCUUGGGCUUGAGCAGCAGGGAUGGCUCCUACCUCAUCGCCGUGGCUGGCAUCACGGAGAUGCUGAGCCAGCUGCUCUCGGGCUGGGUGGCCGACCACAACUGGACCAAGAAGUACCAUUUCCAUGUCACCUACCUGCUCCUGAGCGGGGCCACCAACCUGCUGGGGCCGCUGGCCACCUCCUUCCCCCUGCUGCUGGCCUACACCGUGGCCCUGGCCACCUUCUGUGGGGGCUUCAUGGCCCUGGUGCUGCCCGUGCUGGUGGAUCUGGUGGGUGUGGAGAAGCUCCACAGCAACCUGGGCUUUGCUGCUUUCUUUGCAGGGAUAGCAGCCAUGGGAGGACCCCCUCUAGCAGGGUGGCUCUAUGACUACACCCAGACCUACGCCUGCUCCUUCCUCUUUGCUGGAGCCUGUGCUCUCAUCUCACCCCUUUCCUUCUUCUUCGAGCCUGCAGCCCAAAAAUGGAAGCUAAAAAAAGCCAAUUUGAACAAAAACUGAAGUUUUAA